AUGACCGAGUCAACACCCCGUAAGCGCUCCCGCGCGGCCUGUCUAUCAUGCCAAUCGCGCAAACGCAAAUGCUCGGGCGAACAGCCCUGCAGCACCUGCGCCCAGGCCGGUGUCGCCUGCGUGUUCAGCGACUUGCCGCGCAAGAAGCGCGCCCGAUCCGGUAGUAUGUACCGGGCUUCUUUAUCAGGAUUAGACGAGCGACAGCGUCUUCCUCCUCCUUCGGAUGCAUGGACUCAUCCAGUCCCUGCGGCUAAGCCGGCUAGUAGCGCUGCGGGCAGUGCUGCUUCGCCAGGGUCUUACCCUCGUGUGAACGAUUCUGCGCGUCGCAUGAGCCAUUCGCUCGAGGCAAACUCGGGCGCGGCUUUUGUGCGUAAGCUUGGGCUUAGAAUUGAUCCUGCGCGUGCGCCGCGAUUGCAUCUUUUUGCUUGGAAUGUUGGCGAGAGGCGUUUGUCGCCGGAGGCCUCGGUGUAUCCUGCCGUGUCGGGAGCAGGCCCAAUCACUACGAUGAUAUCAGAGGACGAGAUGCGCCGCUUAGCGGGUAUUUACUUUGAAAAGGUCCAUCCAUGCUAUGCAUUCCUCGACCGAAAGACGGUGCUUGCACAUAUUGCACAACGCUGGUCAGCGUCUUCUAUACCUGCCGAACCAGCAGACCAACCAUACGACGUCGUACUUCUCGGCGUCGCAGCUUUCGGACAUUUAUUCUCGCGGCGGGAGAUGCUCCCAAUAGAACUACGCAUCGUCGAUACAGCGCGAUCACUCUUGGAAAAGAGCAUCCUCGGCGCAGACACACCUACUAUCGACACGGUGACGGGCUGGGUCCUCCGCGCAGCCUACCUACGCAUGACAGCAUCACCACACGCCGCAUGGAUGGCUAGUUGUACACUAAUGCACCUCAUUGAAGCCGCCGGUCUGCAUCUGGAAACCCAAGACCCCGAUGCAACAGGUCUCAUCCAAGCCGCCACAUCAGAAUCUCAAGUCCUCAACGGGACCAACACCACCACACAACCACACACCGACACAAACCUCCGUCGACGCCUCUUCGGCAUGGCCCGACACCUCAACACCUGGAUAUCCUUCGACCUGGGUCGAUCCCGCGUCGUCCUCCACGGCGCAUCAUCCCACUCCCCCUCAACACCUGCCACAAAUGCAGACCUAUACCACCUCCUCCCGCUCUCCGAAAGCCUCGACCCAACAGGCCCAACACCCCAAGACCUCCCAGACCUUGAAACAGCCCUCACAGCCGUCCUAGACCUAAUCUACACCGAACCCUCCCUAAUCCUCGUCCAAUGCAACCUAAUGCUGUGCAUCUACCGCCGCGUCCGCGCGCUAAACGCCCACGCGCCCCUCCCGGGCCGCGCGCUAGAUCGCGUCCUCGCACUAGCAGGUCGAGGUCUCCGCGCGGCUCGCGCUAUGGUAGCUGCGACCUGUGCGUGGCAUCAGGUUGCGAACGUGCCGUUUCAGGUUGUUUGUACGCUGUUGGCGAUUGAUAAUCGCGCGGCCUUGGCGUUGUUGCCGGAUGCUAUGACGACGUUGAGGGAGGUGUUGGCGGCGUAUGAUACCGGGGUUAUGCGGGAGGCGUAUUCGACGGCUUAUUUGCUUAUUGCGUUGCAUCAGAGGAGGAAGGAGGAUGAUACGAGGGCGUUGGGGGAAGUGUUGAGGGCUAAUGCGGCUGCUGCGGUGCCGCCGGUUUCUGUGCCGGUGACGGAAGUGCAGCAGUUUAAAGAGGAUGAGCGUGGGAUGGGGGAUGAAGCGGGAGUACAAGUUACGGCGCAGAUGCCGAUGCAGACGCAGACGCAGGCUCGGGCGCAGGAUGUGCUGGGUCCUGUGUCUGAUGCGGAGCUUUCGUGGUUGGGCGAUUUGAUGAUUGAUAUGCCCAGUUUGCAGAACUUUGAUCUUGAUCAGUUUUUGAUGACGGAUGUACCGUGGCCACUGCCUGAGAUGGGGAUUUGA